AUGGCCCUCCCGCGGGGCCAGGCCCGCGGCUGGGUGAAGGCCGCCAAGCUGGCCCAGAGGCGCCGCCCCGCGGAGGACACGGGAGGACCCCAGAGUCCUGCGCCCGGGAGCCAGCGCGCCGCGCUUUACGUCCACUGGCCCUACUGCGAGAAGCGCUGUAGUUACUGCAACUUCAACAAGUACAUCCCCCGUGGUGUGGACGAGGCUGCUCUGAGGCGCUGUCUGGUGACCGAGGCUCAGACGCUGCUGCGACUCAGUGGAGUGCGACGAGUGGAGUCUGUGUUCUUUGGUGGGGGUACCCCCAGUCUGGCCAGCCCCCAGACUGUGGCAGCUGUCCUGGAGGCAGUGGCCCAGGCAGCUCACCUGCCUGCAGACUCUGAAGUCACACUGGAGGCCAACCCCACUUCGGCCUCAGGCUCCAGGCUGGCAGCAUUUGGGGCAGCAGGAGUCAACAGGUUGUCCAUUGGCCUCCAGUCUCUAGAUGACACGGAGCUCCAGCUGCUGGGGAGGACACACUCGGCCAGUGAUGCUCUGCAGACCCUGGCGGAGGCCCAACGCCUCUUCCCAGGGCGUGUUUCUGUGGACCUGAUGCUGGGGCUGCCGGCACAGCAGGUGGGGCCGUGGCUCAGGCAGCUGCAGGACCUGCUGCGCUGCUGUGAUGACCAUGUGUCCCUCUACCAGCUGUCCCUGGAGCGGGGCACCGCACUCUUCACCCAGGUGCAGAAGGGUGCCCUUCCUGCCCCAGACCCCGAACUAGCCGCUGAGAUGUACCAGGAGGGACGGGCAGUCCUGCGGGAGGCUGGCUUUCGCCAGUACGAGGUCUCCAACUUUGCCCGGAAUGGGGCGCUUAGUACCCACAACUGGACUUACUGGCAGUGUGGUCAGUACCUUGGCGUUGGGCCUGGGGCCCAUGGGCGAUUUAUACCCCAGGGGGCCGGGGGCCACACCCGAGAGGCUCGGAUCCAGACCCUAGAGCCUGACAACUGGAUGAAGGAGGUGACGCUGUUUGGUCACGGCACCCGGAGGCGCAUCCCCCUGAGUGAGCUGGAGCUGCUGGAGGAAGUUUUGGUCAUGGGGCUACGCACAGAUGUGGGCAUCACUCACCAGCACUGGCAGCAGUUUGAGCCCCAGCUGACCCUGUGGGACCUGUUUGGAGCCAGCAAGGAGGUGAAGGGGCUACAGGAGCAGGGCCUGUUGCUGCUGGAUCACAGGGGUCUUCGGUGUUCCUGGGAGGGGCUGGCUGUGCUGGACUCUCUGUUGCUGUCCCUUCUAUCUCGGCUCCAAGAGGCCUGGCAGCAGAAAACCCCCUCUUCCGUGCCCAGAGGAUAG